UAUUACUACAAUCCAGAGGAAUAUAACAGAUACAUCCCACUUUCUCAUCCACAUCCCUGCUCUCGUCUUCAACCCCGAUGGCCCAUUCUCCACCGUUCAUCAACCCCCGCUCCGGCUACUCUCCGGCCACCAAAACCUUUCACAGCCUUCGUUCCCCAGUCCCUCUCCCACCCGUUUCCCAACCCCUCUCCUUCACAUCCUACCUCGUUUCCUUAUUCCCUGAUCGUUUCCCUUCUCACCUUGCCUUCAUAAACGCUUCCACUGGCGAUUCCCUCUCGUAUCCCGAUCUCGUUUCCCAGAUCCACUCUCUUGCUUCCUCUCUCCACUCUAAUCUCGGCAUCUCCAAAGGCCACGUGGCAUUCAUCCUCUCCCCAUCCUGCCUCGAGAUCCCCAUCCUCUACCUCUCUCUCCUCUCCCUCGGCGCUAUCAUCACUCCUGCCAACCCCGCCGCCACUCCAUCGGAGCUCUCCCGCCUGAUCGACAUCUCCAGCCCCACCCACUUCUUCGCCACGUCAUCAUCUUCCUCCAAGCUCCCCAACCACGUCACCCCCAUCCUCAUCGACUCCCCCCUCUUCCGAUCUUUCCUCGAAUCUGGCCACAGCUCCUAUUCAUCGGAUCCGAUCGAGAUCUGGCAAUCGGAUCCUGCGGCGAUACUCUUCUCGUCGGGAACCACCGGGAGAACGAAAGCCGCGGCGGUCUCACACCGUAACAUCAUCGCAGUGAUAGCGGGCACGCGUGCGAUCCGGCCAUCGGAGAAGGACACGACACUCCUAUUAGGGCCGAUGUUCCAUUCUAUGGGGUUCUUCAUGGUGAUGAAUAACAUAAUGAGGCAGGAGACGGUGGUGGUGGUGGUGCCGAGCCCUGGGCCGAUGUCCCUCACCAUCUCUUUGGCUGCCAAGUAUAAGAUCAGCCAGAUGUUGGCGGUGCCGCCGCUCGUAAUAGCGCUAACGCAGUCUGAUGAGGCGAUGAGGCUCAAAUCCUCGCCGCUCCGGCGGGUUAUCUGCGGCGGCGCCCCACUGGCCCCCGAGGUCGCCAAGAGAUUUAACGCGUUGUUCCCGAAUGUGGAACUAUCUCAGGGUUAUGGAUCUACAGAGGCUGGACUCAUAUCAGCGAUGAUAGGGCCAGAAGAAUGCUGUCGCUUGGGAUCAGUUGGUAAACUGAAUGACAAAAUUGAGGCUAAGAUCAUGGACCUUGGUACUUGCCAAGCCUUGUCAGUUGGCCAACAAGGCGAGUUAUAUGUUCGGGGACCUGCUGUCAUGAUCGGUUAUGUUGGUGAUUCUGAGGCCAACACCCUUGCCUUUGACUCUGAAGGAUGGUUAAAGACAGGUGAUAUUUGUUACUUUGAUGAAGAUGGGUUCCUCUAUAUUGUCGAUCGUCUGAAAGAGAUGAUUAAAUACAAGGCUUACCAGGUUGCACCCGUGGAGCUAGAACAGAUACUGCAUAUCCUACCCGACAUCGUUGAAGCUGCGGUGGUUCCGUACCCACAUGCAGUGGCCGGUCAGAUACCAAUGGCAUUUGUGGUGAGACGGCCAGGAAGCAACAUUAAUGUGGACGAUAUUAUAGAGUUUGUAGCCAAACAGGUGGCACCAUAUAAGAAGAUACGAAAGGUAGCAUUUAUAGAUGCCAUACCGAAAACACCAUCAGGAAAAAUUCUGAGGAGGGAGCUUGCUAGUCUUGCAGCCAGUGGUUCCUUGUCCAAGUUAUAAACGAUCACUUUAUUUGUAUAUUUAAAUUGCACAAAAUUUGUGGAGAGCUUUAUGUAAGUUUGUUAAAGUUG